AUGUCCCAGCGGCAGAGCUUCCUACUGAGGAGAUUACUCACGGCCUUGCUGUCCCCAAAACAGACCAAGCAGAUCUCCAUCGAUGAAUACUUCAGAGUGCCUAAACCAUGGAGGGCCCUUGAGGCAGUGACUAGGCAUCUGGUGCUGCGCUUCCAGACAUCAGCUAUAAAUGGUGCGGUUGAGAACCCUCCAAGUCCUUCAGGGCAACUUGGUCCACGCAAUACAGGAUCUACACGGGGCAGUGGAACUCCUGGAAACCAUCAGCCUCCCAAGGGACUCAUUAAGGCAAAUGGGGACUGGUUCCAAAGUGUAUGUUGCAUAAGGGAGAACAACAUUUCUACACUGGCCCUGCAGAACAUUCAGAAAAUAAUGCAGGAAAACAGCACAAUCAUUGCAGAAUUCUUUCUUCUCGGGUUCCAACAUCUUAACGAUUUGAAAACAGUCUUUUUCUCCUUUCUGUUGUUAAUCCACUGUGUUACUUUAUCUGGAAAUAUCUUCAUUCCAUCCAUUGUAUUAUCCUCUAGAAACCUCCACACACCUAUGUAUUUCUUUCUCAGUCAGCUGGCCUCAGCUGAAAUGCUGUUUACAACUAAUAUUAUCCCAAAACUGCUCUACAUAAUACUGGCUGAAGGAGCUACUGUAUCUGUUAUAGGCUGUGUCACUCAAUUUUAUAUAUUUUCUGUGUCUACAAAUGCUGAAUCCUUCUUCCUCACUUUGAUGUCAUAUGAUCGUUAUUUAGCAAUAUGCAAUCCAUUACAGUAUAACAAUAUUAUGGUUUUCAGCCAUUGUGUCUGGCUUGCUACUGUGGCUUGGGUGUUCAGUUUUACAUCCACUUUGAUUGUAAUCAUCCAGUUAUGUAUGCUGCAAUUCUGUGGUUCUAAUGUGAUUGACCACUAUUAUUGUGACCUUUCACCCCUCCUGGAACAUGCUUGCUCGGAUAUAUUUUUCCUAAAAUUACAGAUUUUCAUGUUUUCUGUACCUAUAGCACUCCUACCAUUUGUUUUCAUUCUUAUCACCUAUAUACGUAUAGUGUUUACCAUCCUUAAAAUCCCUUCUACCACUGGGAAAAAGAAAGCUUUUUCCACUUGUAGCUCCCAUCUGAUUGUUGUAUGUACAUAUUACACCACACUGAUAACUAUUUAUAUAUUUCCAUCAAGUGGAGACUCAUCCAACUUAAACAAGUCUCUAUCACUUUUGUACACUGUGGUAACCCCAUUAUUUAAUCCCAUUAUUUAUUCACUAAGGAAUCGAGAUAUCAGGGAGGUUUUAGAAAAAAUUAUAUUAAAAAAAUUAAAGCACACUUAA